AUGGUCAGUGCACUAAAUCCUUCAUACAAGCUCCCAUCAAGAACCCAUUUCACCACACUAAUGGAGAGGAAGUACAGGGAGACCUUUCAGCAUGUGACAGAUACCAUUAACCAUAAUGAGAGCAGAAUAGCGUUGACUGCAGACAUAUGGACCAGCGUAGCAACUGAGGCUUACCUUGGCAUAACAUGCCACUACAUAGGGGAUGAUUGGAAGAUGAAUUCCAUCUGUCUGACAACCAUGCCCCUGGAGGAGAGACACACAGCUGCACACAUUGCAGAAUGGUUAGAGGAGGUUUUGGAGAGAUUUCAAAUUCCACCUAAAAAAAUUAUUGCCCUUGUCCAUGACAAUGCUGCAAACAUGGUGGCUGCUGCGAACAUCCUGGAGGAGAAGCAUGGAUGGUCCAGUAUCCGGUGCACUGGCCACACUUUGCAGCUUGUUAUUAAUGGUGCAAUGAAAAAUGCAGUUAUUGAUAGAGCUGUCAGUGCUGCCAGAGGACUGGUUGAACACUUUAAAAAAAGUGAAUUAGCCAGCACCAAGUUGAAAGAGAAGCAGAAGCAGAUGGGUACAGCAGAUCAUAAGCUUGUGCAAGAUGUCAGCACCAGAUGGAACAGCACUUACUAUAUGGCUGACAGACUCCUUGAGCAAAGGUGGCCAGUUACUGCAACCCUGUCAGACCCAUCAGUUACUUUAAAGGCCAAACAUUAUCGUGAUCUAAAGCCAGAACAGUGGACUGUUCUUGAGGAGCUUUGUACGGCACUUAAGCCUUUUGAGUGUGCCACUGUGUUCAUGAGUGGGCAAGAGUAUCCAUCUCUAUCUUCACUUCCUGCAAUUGUCAAGGGGUUGUUGAGGUCCACUGAGCGUGCUUCCUUUGAAACUGCAGCCAUGAGGAGCUUCCAAGCUACAGUAAAGGACCAGCUUCACAGCAGAUGGCAUGAUAUCCUAUCAGAACAGGUUCUAAAUCCUGUCAUAUUUUCCGCUGCACUGGACCCAAGAUUUAGGAAGCUGAAGUUUCUGACACCUGAACAAAUUAUAAAUGUGCAGGCAAAAGUGCAGACAGAGCUGCUUGCGCUAAGAAGAACCCAGCUCCUGGGAGAGCAGCAGGAAACUAGCACGUCUACUGCGACAGCUGACGCUGAGCCAGGACCUUCAACAUCAAGAACAUCAAUACUGGAGAGUCUCUUCGAGUCUGGUGGCAGCAGUGAAGAGGACACCGAGGCACAACACAUGGAGGAGGAUAUUAACACAGUCAUCCGAAAUGAAGUACAGUCCUAUUUUGCGGAGAAGCCUCUCCACAAUGAUGGCAACCCUUUGAGCUGGUGGAAGUCUAACGAAGACAGGUAUCCUACAUUGGUUAAACUUGCAAGAUCAUACUUGUGUAUCCCAAGUACAUCCACACCAUCGGAACGCCUCUUCUCAGCAACGGGCAACAUAGCGUGUAAGAAGAGAGCUAGCCUCAGCCCUGACCAUGUGGAUAUGUUGUCUUUUUUACAUUGCAAUGCCAAAUUUUUAUAA